GAACAUUCGGAACCAGAUUCUGAAGGCACCAUGAAGGCCAGGAGCAUCUUAGCCUUGGUGGGACUGCUGGCCCUCUGGACACAGCUCUCACCUGCAUCUUGCAUGCCACCACUAGGUAGGUUUUGAAUGAAGCUGCUUCUCCUUCUGUCUGAUACCAGAGUUGUAUAUAAAAUAUAUUUUGCUGAUCAAGCCAUCUAUUACCUUUUGUGGGAGGUGGGUUAUUGGUUGGUUUGUCUUUGUUAUGUAUUUAUGUGAGCCAGUGUGGUGUAGUGGUUAAGAGCAGUAGUCUCGUAAUCUGGUGAACCAGGUUCGCUUCCCCGCUCCUCCACAUGCAGCUGCUGGGUGACCUUGGGCCAGUCACACUUCUUUGAAGUCUCUCAGCCCCACUCACCUCACAGAGUGUUUGUUGUGGGGGAGGAAGGGAAAGGAGAAUGUUAGCCGCUUUGAGACUUCUUAGGGUAGUGAUAAAGCGGAAUAUCAAAUCCAAACUCUUCUUGUUUUCUCAUUUUGUAUUUUUAUGUUGUACACUGCUCUGUGAUCUUUGGACGAAGGGAGGUAUAUAAAUUUAAUUUUCAAAAAAUGAAAUGAAAUGGUACUGUUUACCAGUUUCUGAGGCCCUUGCUUCAAGUUUCAUUGCUCUCAGUGUGAAAGACUUGUGGUAGGACAACAAGGAACAAUUUUCUGGCAAAGGACCUGCUGGACCUUUUGGAUCAUUUACUGGCAAACAGUACUUAGCUCUGCUCAGGAAUUCUAACAAACUCCCCCGCAAAUAAUAAGAGUUAAAUGGACUUUUUUUUAGUUCCUUACGCAAAAAAUAUAUAUGCAGAUUUAUUCUAAUGAUGUUGAGUAAACAAUAGAAUGCCAUCCUGCCAAAACUGGUUAAAAUCAGUGCAGUUUUGAAAGGUUCGAUCUAUAAUCUUGACUGCAAAUGGUGACCAAUUGUAAUCAAAAAUUCUCCUCAAUAUCAGAAACUGUCAUGGAAAAUUUGCUUCCUCUUGUGCUUCAGAUGAAAUCCUGUAGUUCCAAGUCCACUUACAAGGGCUGCAUUCAGAGGAAAUCACAAACAAGUUAACAGUAUUCUCCCUUGUGAGAAAGAAUCUCAAUAUGCUUUUUUAAAAUAAAUGUUUCUGUAAACUAAAACAUAAAAAUAUAUUUGCAUGUCCUGCAGGUGGCUAAGUUAGAACCUUUCUCUGUUGCAUUGAAUUUUCAGUGUGUAGCAGCUUCUCUCUCUGUUUUUAAUCAAGGAGCAGUGCACUAUAUACACCUUUAGGCGCCAGGCAAAAAUGUUCCUUUUUAACCUGCCCUUUGCCUGACCUGAUCUACAUCCUAUGCCCUUUUUAAAAUGCUGGCUCUUUUUAGUGUUUUUUUAUUGGGUUGCUGUUUGUAUUUUGAUUCUAUGUAUGUGAUCCUUUAUGUCAGUGAUGGCCAUACUUGGCCCUCCAGAUGUUUGGGGGCUACAGUUCCCAUCAUCCCUGACCACUGGUCCUGUUAGCUAGGGAUGAUGGGAGUUGUAGUCCAAAAACAGCUGGAGAGCCCAGUUUGGCCAUCACUGCUUUAUGUGAACUGCCCUGAGAUCUUCGGGUAUAGGGUGGUAUAGAAAUUAUAUAAAUAAUAAUAAUAAUCCCCUAUCGCCCUUCCAGCUGUGUGAAGUGGUACACAUGUACCACUUCUCAAGCAGGUCUUCUUAUACUUGCACCGAACCAUUUACUGAAGAAUUGUAUUCUUCCCAUACAUUCCCAUCUUCAUUCAACUUCUGCUCAUUCAGCUUUCGAUUCCCACGGGCUGAUUUUGUGAUGCAACCCGCAAUCACCCAAAGUCUAGUAACCAUUAACUCAAUGGCUGGUUAUGUAUAAUUCACAUAGGACUUUCCUGUGCACAUAAUGUUUUGCUAUCCUUGUUUCAUUUAACUUCACAGCAAUGCUUUUAGGCAUAGUAUAUUUGGGUAUUUGUUAACCCUGCUAUUUUCUACUUCCAGAAAAAUUUGGAACUUGCCCCCCAAAUCCAUUCAAAUGCAGUGUAAAGGGACAGGAUGCUUGCAACCAUGACUAUGACUGCGAGGGGAUUCAAAAGUGCUGCUACUUCAAUUGUGGCAAGAUUUGCAGAAACCCACAAGGUAUGGUGUAUGGCUAAACCUGCUUCUUCUGUGUUGGCUUUUUGUGGCUGAUUUCCUACGAUACGUUGUCAUUUAGUGCUUUAGGUUAGCCUGAGACACAGUAAUCUGCUGAAGGCAAUCAAAUGAACUUUAUGUUUAAAUAAGGAUCUGUAGUUAGGAUUCCUCAGAACAAAACCAAUACUCUAUCCAUUCCCCAUGAGUAGAAACCGCAGGUAGGAAAAAGCUAUGUAAGGAUCUGUGAGGCUCUAAAGUAUAUAAAGAACCAUUGCGGAUGCUGAUUGCAAUUAGAUAGCUGCCAGAAUUCAUAAUAACUGACCCACUCUGGCAGAUAUAUAAGAUGAAAUAGACAAUGGGCUACCUUUUUAAUCAUUGCUACAUCCCCCAAAAUGGGAAGAUAAACACAAAAUGUCACUUUGUACAAAGCAUAACUUUGAUACAAAGUAUUAUCUUCCAUAAUUGUAACAUAGAAACAAAGUGUUACUCUCAAUGGAAGAGCAAAGGCAGCCUCUCUCUAUCAACAGCUGGUUCUUUGGAAUUCAAUUUGGGCACCACCCAAAUUCCCAAGUUCUCUCUCUCUUAAGAACACAACACCUGUCUUCAUUGGAGAAGAGCUUCUACUUUCAGCAAUUACAGUGGACGCUCGGGUUGCGAACGUGAUCCAUGUGGGAUGCACAUUCACAACCCGCAGCAUUCGCAACCUGCAGCGGUGCAUCUACACACACGCGGGUUGCGACUCAUCUCUUCUGCGCAUGCGCAAAGUGCAAUUUGGUGCUUCUGUGCAUGUGCGACCGCCGAAACCCGGAAGCAACCCAUUCCGGUACUUCCGGGUUUUGGCAGUGGAUGGCGCUGUGGGUUAAAUCACAGAGCCUAGGACUUGCCGAUUAGAAGGUCGGCGGUUUGAAUCCCGGCGACGGGGUGAGCUCCUGUUGCUCGGUCCCUGCUCCUGUCAACCUAGCAGUUUGAAAGCAUGUCAAAGUGCAAGUAGAUAAAUAGGUACUGCUCUGGCGGGAAGGUAAACAGCGUUUCCGUGUGCUGCUCUGGUUUCGGUGUUCCAUUGCGCCAGAAGCGGCUUAGUCAUGCUGGCCACAUGACCUGGAAGCUGUCUGCGGACAAACACCGGCUCCCUCGGCCUAUAGAGUGAGAUGAACAUGCAACCCCAGAGUCGUCUGCAACUGGACCUAAUGGUUUGGGAUCCUUUUACCCUUUACCUUUAACCCAAAAAAACGCAACCUGAAGCAUCUGUAACCCGAAGUAUGACUGUAGUGACAUCAGGUUACAUGUGAAUCUCAAGGUCAUUGAUGUUACCUUUCUCAAGAUUCACAUGUAACAUGAUGUUACUAAACAGUGGCCACAAGGAAGAAAGAUUUGCCAUUUAGUAACACAAAUUGUUACCUAACAACAUAGGUGAUGAAUAAUCGAGCAAGGAGUCUCUGACCCAUGCAAUUAGUUUCAGGCAAAAAUCCGUGAAAUUUCGCCAAAGUGUUUGUACCUUGGAACUCUGUUAAAUGGGGACUCCUCCUGGACAUUGCAACCUAAGGUAUCAUUCAUGAACUUGGCUUGAGGGGCUGCCCCUCUCUAUGUUUAGGGAAGCUUUUAAUGUUUAAUAGAUUAUUGUAUUUUAAUAUUCUGUUGGAAGCCACCCAAAGUGGCUGGGGAAACCCAGCCAGAUGGGAGGGGUAUAAAUAAUAAAUUAUUAUUAAUAUUAUUAUGCCCAUCUGUGGGGCUGCACUACAUAGGAUUCAUUCAUUCAUUUUUUGCAUUUCUAUCCCUCCUUUUAAAAAAAAUCCCUACAAUAACCCUGAGAAGUAGGUUAGGCUAAGAGGCAGUGACUGGCCCAAGGCCACCCAGUGAGCCCCAUAGCCAGUUGGGGAUUUGAACCCUGGUUUCCCAAGUCCUAGUCUGACACUCUAACCACAAGGCCACGCUGGAUCUUGAUGAAAUGUGGGGCUUCGAACAUGCAUAGGUGAGCUAGUUAUCUGAUGCAUUUGUCUGGCUCUGGAAACACAAAACGAACAGUCAUGUGGUGGGUUUUCUCUGUUACAGAAAAAGCUGGCAGCUGCCCCAUCCUUCCAUAUUUCUGCUCCGUCCCAGAAGGAGAUCUUUGCAGCAGUGAUUACGAUUGUCCAGAAAAGAAAAAGUGCUGUUAUGUAAAUUGUGGAAAAAGUUGUGUAGACCCAUGA